UUGUCGAGUGGGAGAGGAGGGGAGGCAGUUUGUGAAUUUCAGUUCCCUGGAGCCCGGAGGGAGAGAACAGGCAGAGUCCGGCAAGGCUACGUUUGAUUUGAGACUUUACGAGUGUCGGACGGCUUUAUCGAUUUUGACUGACCGCUCGGAGGCGAAGAUGGGCGUGUUUACAUGAUGUCGUGCGCCCUGGUUCCCAGGUUAAAAAAGUGCUUUAAAAAGAGAGAGGUGGACAGCGGGUCCGCCUCAGACUGACGUAGCUUCAGCAACUGCUGAGCCGUAUCUGCGACAGCGGCCUGCUAGCAACUCCAGAGCCGGGACAAUACCUUACAAAGCAGGCCGACUCUUAAAAGACUGUAGAAAGAGACGCGGAGCGGCUGAUGGAUGGCUAGCUAACUACACUGGAAUAGCGUCUCGUCAGAGUUCAGAAGAUUGGGAUUGUAUGUUUUUUGCGAAGGCAUAACAUGCAACAGGAGAGGAGAAGUAAGAUGACGUAUAAUCGUCUCGCUAACAGUUGUUGUAAACUGUGAUAUUGUCACCAGAUAUUGUAUUUCACUAUUCGGGUGAUAUUUAGACAAGACUUUAUAAAAUUGUACUCUGCCUAGAAAGAGCGGCGUCAUCAACGUAGAUAUUCAAAAUGUCUAAAAUGCCGGCGAAAAAGAAGAGUUGUUUUCAGAUCACCAGUGUGACACAGGCUCAGGUAGCGGCCAGCAGCAUCACUGACGACACCGAGAGUUUAGACGAUCCGGACGAAUCGAGGACUGAAGACGUGUCGUCGGAAAUAUUCGACGUGUCCAGAGCGGAUUUCGAACCGGAGGUGUGUGACAGGAGCUCGUCUGAUGAAACCAUAAACAACGUUGGAGGAGGGGAGUCGGAGGCCCACGGCGUUAUGGCAUUGCAUAUACCUCAAGACGGACAGCUACCGGCAUUAUCAGGUCCUCCGAACGGGGGGUUUGCUUUCAGAAGCACAGCGGUCGCAGGCGUCGCUCAUGUCAGUCCGCACGUUUUGGCAGCGAGUGCGCCGGCGGGCCCGCCCCCUGCCACAGUCCUGCAACAGUCGGCCCCGGUCGGCGCCGGUGGGACCGCCAAUGUGACGAUAGGCACGUCACAGCCGCCCCCCGCCGCUGCCCCCACCCCCACCCCAACCCCCGCCCCCACCGUGGCCGCCAGCACGACGACUACUACCGUAAGCUGCAGUUCUCGCUUCAGGGUCAUCAAACUUGAUCACGGUACGGGAGAACCCUUCCGGAGGGGCAGGUGGACUUGCACAGAGUUCUACGACAAGGAUCCGGAAGGCAACUCGGUGAUCUCUAGGACUGUGGAUAAGCCCGCCGCCCCCUUGGACCCGACCCCGGAGAGAGAUAGCGGCCUUGGGGCGACGGGAAGCUCGGUGGUGGCCACUUCUGCGCUGGCGGCCCAGGGGCCCGAGUCCUCAGCCGACGCUUCCGGGUUGACCCCCGCCCACCUGCACCCGGUCGACCCGCAGCAGCUGGGCUACGGCAUCGGGCACCAGCCCUCCACCGCGGCCUUCCAGCCUCCCGGCUACGCUGGCGGCGCCCAGCCCGCGCCAGUCCCACAUCCUGUUCCUGUCCCGGCACAGCCGCAGGUCAGCGUGCCGCAGCAACCGCCCCUCUCCGCCGCCCCCCAGACCCUCCUCCCGCCCCGCCCCAACGGCGUGCCUGUGCAGAAAUCUCCCAGCAUGCCCCCCGCCUCUCAGGGCCAGCAGUUCGCCUACCCCGCUGCCCACCACCUGGCCUCGGUGAGCCCCGUCGGCCAAACGGAUUACCGGCCUCCUCUGCAGCAGCCCCUGCUCCUGUCCGUCGCGACCUCGCUCCCCGCGGGGCCCCCCGUCAGCCAGGGCCCCUCGCCCAUCAUGACCCCCGCCGUCGCCGGGGCCCAGGUGCUGGGGCUCCCUGUGCAGUCGGGGGAACCGACCGCGGUCUCGUUGCCGGGCAGCCAGCCUCCGCCUCCCGUGCAGGGGGUCCUGCAGCAGCCCCCGGCAGUGGGCGUGGCCGGUCCCGCUGGAGGAGUGGUCCCGCAGCUGCCCUCGGGAUUGGCCGGGGUCGCUCCGCCCUCGGUUGCCGUCGCCGCCCAUUCGGUGGCGCCCCCCGGUGUUCAGAACGUGCCUACCGCCGUGCCGGGCCCCUCCAGCACUCCUUUGACUCUGCAGAACCUGGGCCCCUCCGUGGCCGGACAGCUGUUCCAGGGCGCCCGGGGAGGGGUCGCCGGUUCCGUUUUGGGGCUUGGGUUCGGACAGCUCCCCGCCGUCGCCCCCGACAACCGAAGGAAGUCCGACACCCUACCUCAGCCCGCCGGCGUCUCCGGGAAAGACGUCGGCAAGCCCCUGAUCCCGGAAAGCCUGCAGCUCCACGCCCCCUCGGUCAACAGCUUGUUCGGAAUUCCGAUCUCCCUGGACGGGGAUGAGGACAGGAACCCUUCCACCGCUUUCUACCGGGCCUUCCCCCUCGGCCGUGCGCAGGACUCAAAGAGCCACGGCGAUAGUGCAUCUGGAGCGAGUGUUGUAGCCAUCGAUAACAAAAUUGAACAGGCAAUGGAUCUGGUGAAGAGCCAUCUGAUGUACGCGGUGCGAGAGGAGGUGGAGGUGCUGAAGGAACAGAUCAAAGAGCUGUACGAACGGAACUCUGUCCUGGAGCGGGAGAACGCCGUGCUCAAAUCGCUGGCCAACAGCGACCAGCUAUCGCAACUCUCCUCCCAGCUAGCCAGCCCAGGCAGCACGUCCCCGCAGCAACCGGCCGCCGGCUCCGCCCCCGUCCCCGCCCCCGCCCCGCAGGAGGCAGGCCAGCCCCUCCCCCUGCCCCUCCCCCACCAGCCCAACGUCUCCUCCGCGUGAGGCCCGCACUUUUCUCCGCCGGGGGGGACGGACAGGACUGCACCGCGCCGAAAAACAAGCUUAAGACCCGCUUCCGACACCAGUUUAAAAAGAUUUAACAGUAAUAAUAAUUACAGAGAAAAAAAAAAAAAGAAAAGUAAAUCAAGUCUGUGUUGUUUGCCACGGUCCGCUCGCCAAUGCGAAGGGCCACGCUUUAGUGUGUGUGUGCGGUUUGGGCCUUCCCUGUGUUAGACAAUCAUCAGAGAGCUUUUUCUUUUGCCAUGGUAUCUAAUGGGCGGGGGGGCGGAGUUAGGCUGCGUAUAUGGGCGGGGCCAGUCGCCCAGAGGGGCGGAGUUGAGCCAUACCCGGUGGUGACGGCAGACCGGCCGCAAGAGAGCCCAGCCAGCCAAUCGCGUCCGACCUUCCCCCCCCCCCCACCCCAACUCAUCGCCUGUUGGCAGGAGGGGGGGGGGCGUGGCUUGUGGAACCUCCGUAAGAAGAGGGAGAGAGAACUGUUCAAUGGAUGAGGGUGGUGCAGGGGGUUGUGGGUAAGGUGGGUGAAGGGAAUGGAAUUGAGCCUUGCUGUUCGUGUUGCGAGAAGUGCGCUUCUUCUAAGAACCACACCAUCCUUCCAACAUGAAUCAAAUCCGCAUACAUCGCGUUUAAAGUUUUACUGUUUCCAUUUUUAUUUAUUACAGGGCUGCUAUUUUUCAUAAUGUAAAUGAACAAUGCCACAGAUUAUGUUCUAUUCAAGAAAAAAAUAACAGACUUUCUUUUGGUUUUACAAACGUUUCAAAUGUAAAAUAAUUGGACACAUUGGAUGGGCAAUGAAUUGCAUAAACUAGUCAAAUAUAUAGGCAAUAAUAAAGUAAGUCCUGGUAUAGGUCUAACACUAAAGGCAAUUUAACUUUGGGAUUGUUUAUUUACAGUAGUUAAGAUCCAGUUUGAAUGUACAUUUUGUAUAGAGUGUAAAGUAUUAAGAGCAUAGCAAGUUUGUACAGGUAAACACCAGUUAUUGUGAUAUGAAAUCUAAAAUGAAUCUUUGGUGGGAUAUUUUGAUGAAGAAUACUAUUCAUUUCUGUUUCUAGUUUCUUUAUCUUCGAAUGGAAAAGUAAUUGCCAUACUCCCCUCUAUCAUUUUAAAAUGAAAACAAAUAUUUGUGCAUAUUUUUCAGGGGUGGGGGGAAAAGAAAGCUGUGAAUUUGUUCAACCUACUUUGUAACCAAAGAAGCAAAGCUGUGUAAUUCAAUUUUUAUUUUGUAAUGCACACUAUAUAUAUUUUUAGUUUUCAUUUUCUUACUUUCUCCUUCACAACAAAGAAUCUUUUUUUUUUUCCUGUUUGUUUCUCUUUAGCAUGUUCUGCAUGAUCGAUAAUCUUCGAACCACUUUCUUACCUCAUGGUUUAUCCAGCACUCUUCUUGUAAUAAAGUAGUCUGUGAACAAUGUCAAUCGAAAUGACAGAGGCGAGAGCUGGAUCUGGAGCUGGAGAAUACGAGAGCUAGCCGCAAGGGGGAACCCUAGUGUUACACACACGGGACACAGAAAAAUGAAGUGAGCCAUCUUUUGUUCAUGUAAAUGGUGUUUUGAAUUUCAUAUGCAGAAAAAAAAAAUACUUUUGUUACAUUGCAAAUUUUAAUGUAUUUAAUAAAUGCGACGUUCAGAUUCGAAGUGUAGUGUACACUGAGUAUUUAAAUUAAAACGACAAAAAAAUUGUACAUUUCAUAAAAUGCGAUUUGAACCCAGUAAUUUCUGUAUGGGAAAAGUAUGGUGUGUUCUCUCUGUUUGGUGUUGAUUGUACCUCCAGUUGACUUCAGACGACAGCUUGUCGCGUCGUUAUGGUGUCUGUCCCGGAAGCAAAGGUCCUUGUACAAUCAUUGAAUCAGUGACACGCCUUUAACUGGGCGAAUGUGACUGCGACUGGUCAUGGGGAUCUGUUCUCAAUUCUGAAGGAAGUAUGGUAUACAAUCAAAGUGUACACUGUACUGUAUGGUCUUGAUCACUGAGCCUUUAGUGGUAACUUGAGCGUACCCAUGUAAUGUGCUGUUCUGCCAAUUUUAAUUCUCCAUCAAAAAUAAAUGACUGUUUUAUUAUUAUUAAGAGAUUUAUCAUCAAAGCUUUGGAGUGAAGUGUGAACUGGGAAUACUUUUUUUUUUUAAAUAAACGAUUGAGAAACCGAA